AAGGAAAGGUCUUGUUGUGUUGCGCAUGCGCCGUGAGUGUUAUUAAGAUUUUAUUCUUGUGAUUUCCCGCGUUUACCAAAUUUCACUGUAAAUAUAUAAAAUUUCUCUUAAAGAUUUAUGUGAAACGUUUUCUUACUGUUUACCGGAAUUUUCGUGUGUGGAAACUCAGUGAACUGGCUGGUACUUAAAACUGAAUGUUUUAAUUAUAUUUUAUUCAUAGAUUCCAUUUGAAUCUUCUGUUUAUGACGAUUGAAGUUAUAUUGGAUUCCGGUUGGAGAGAUCUAUCUGCCAACUAGCUAGAGAGGUGUUUCAGAACGACUCGUCAAGGUCGAUGAAAAUGUCGUGAAUUUGUACAAAAUUAUCAUGCACAGAUAAUAAAUAUCGAUAAGUGAUGUGGUGAGAAGCGUAGUGACAUUUAAAAUAGAAAGAUGGCGCUGUUACGUGUGACAUUCGCGUGUGCGUUAAGUGCUGUUUUUGUGUGUGUGGGUGGGCACGUAGCAUUGACCUUCCCGCCUGCGAGAAAGUAUGACUUGGACUUUUUGGACAAUUCUAGAACGAAACCGCCAUGUGGAAUGCCUAAAGGUUCAAUAAAGACAUCAUUUUUAGCUGGUUCAACUGUAACUGUUCAUUGGCAUUUAGCAUACGCACACCGAGGAGGAUUUAGUUUGAGGAUAUUGGACUAUCUAGAAAGACCUUUAUUAGAUUUGACACCAAGGGCUGGUGGCUCAGAGUUUGUACGAGAUGAUCCAACGGCGCAAAAGUAUGAAGUCCACUUACCAAGUGACUUCACGUGUGAGAACUGCACCUUACAAUUGCAAAGGGAAGCCGGCGAGUGGGGCGCCAACUAUAGAUUUUGGUCCUGCGCUGACAUCGAUAUCGUAACGCGUAAGGAAUACCACGAGAACUGUUCGGGUAGAGGUUUCCACAUCCUGGGCCGCUGCAAGUGCCACAAGAUGCACAGCGGGCCGCGCUGCCAGUUCUCGGACGAGUGCGCCGAGGACAACGACUGCGGGCUCCGGGGAAAGUGCAUCGAUACGAACUCCACCGAGUCGCCCAGUAGGACGUGCUACUGCCCUCUCGGAUUUUAUGGAAAAGGGUGUAACAAAAAGGCACCUUGGAAGGACAAGGAUAUCAAUCUCUCGUUAUAUAGUAAGAAACAAUUAUCGAAGCAGUUCGCUUUGUACUGGCGUGUUCUGAAGGAAGAAGCUGAGAUGGAGUUCGUUAUGAUUGUCAACGGGACGUCUUAUGCCGCUCUCGGUUGGAGACCAAAAGGUCUGAAAAAGGAAUGCAAAAACUUCCCAGUUCUUGGUCCACCUGUGGACACUCCUAGCACACCAGCACCAGAGCCUUUACCAGAGCCCGAACCGAAAUCUGAGCCGGAACCAUCCCCCGAACCAAAGGCUGAACCAGAACCGACACCAGAACCCAAAUCUGAGCCGGAGCCAUCUCCUGAGCCAAAAUCCGAACCUGAGCCAUCUCCUGAGCCAAAAUCCGAACCUGAACCGACAGCUGAACCAAAAGCAGUACCCGAGCCAUCUCCUGAGCCAAAACCAGAACCGGAAUCUGCCCCUGAGCCAACAUUUGAACCAAGCCCGGAGCCAAGUUCUGAACCAGAAACUUCAAGUGUAUCUGAGAACGAUAAUAGAAACAAAAGAGUAGCAAUGCAUACUUUAGACGGAUUUGAUUUUAAAAACCUUGGUAACGAUGUUACGGUGAAAACUAGCGUGUCGUAUAAAGUGUCGAGUUCUAAAGGUCGAAAGAAACGUGCCACCCAGGAAAUAGAGGAUCCAAAUGUGGAAACAUCGACCACUAUUAUAGUCCAUGAAAACGAAAACUCCCCUCCCCUCGAACCAGAACCAGCAUUAGAACCAAAGUUAAAGCCAAAAAUUAAACAUAAGCCCUUCCAACCAAAGUCUAGGAAAUUAAAUAAUUUGAACGUUAGUUCCACUAUUUAUACGACUAAAGAACCCCCAGCCCCUACUUUAGAACCUGUGGCUGUAUUUAGUCCAGAAACGAACCCGACUUCCGAACCCGAACCGAAAUCUAAACAAAGAAUAGAAUCUUUAUCUCAACCCAAUCCCACCUCUGAACCUGAGCCUAAUUCUGAGCCAGAACCAUCCCCUGAGCCUAAUUCUGAGCCAGAACUAUCCCCUGAGCCAAAUUCUGAGCCUGAACCUUCUCCUGAGCCUAAAUCUAAAUCUGAAAAUUUCCGCGAGCCCAAAUCUGAGCCUGAGCCUUCCCCUGAACCUAAGUCUGAGCCUGAACCUUCCCCAGAACCUAACUCUGAGGCUGAGCCUUCUUCUGAACCUUCAUCUGAGCCAAGUCCGUCGCCUGAGCCUAAAUCGGAGCCCGCUCCUUCUCCUGAACCUAAAUCUGAGCCAGAACCGUCACCUGAACCGAAAUCUGAGCCAAAACCGUCACCUGAACCAAAAUCUGAGCCAGAACGGUCACCUGAAUCUAAAUCUGAACCAGAACCCUCUCCCGAACCUAAAUCUGAACCAAAACCCUCUCCCGAACCUAAAUCUGAACCAGAACCCUCUCCCGAACCUAAAUCUGAACCAGAACCCUCUCCCGAACCUAAAUCUGAACCAGAACCAUCACCUGAACCUAAAUCUGAGCCAGAACCUUUUUCUAAUCCUAAACCUGAACCCCAUGCAGAAGUGGAUUCAGAAUAUCUGCUAGUGAAGGGAUUUACCGAAGAAACAGGUUAUUUCCCCUCACACGAAUACGUUCCAAAAUUCGACUUCAACCCAAUGGAUUGCACGGAUAUAGUUAUUGGUACGGCUAAAGGGAACUACCACAGGGUACUGGACUAUUACACACGAGACAGAUCAACACCGAGAGUAGACACUUUUUGGGGUGGACAUGAUGACAUUUCAGCGGCAUCAGGAUUUGAGGAUAACGGCGUCACGACAAUCAUGUUCAGAAAGAAAAUUAAGGCUAAAGAACCAUCAGACCAUUCGUUCGUUGACGAUAUGAUGCACGUGAUAUGGGCUAGAGGUCAGGAAUAUGGCCACUACGUACACUCUCCUCCCGCUGGUGUAUCGAAGGGUGAUUUCUAUCGUCCUGAUGAGCUGAAGUACCACGGACACGGAUCCCAGAGGGGUGUAACUGCUAUGAAUUUCUUUGAAGAAACAAAAACAACAAUCUCUGGUGGAAUUCAACCGUUAGAAAACGAUAAAUGCGGUGCUCAGUGGAAAUUCCCUUCCGAUUGUGACGUCAAGAAUAACACUUGUGAAUACGUCGCUUCCUGGGAGUACUUGGGUCUGAAGAGGGGGAAGGAUUCGAUUAAGUUCACCAUAACGACCAAAAACGUUAAAUUCUGGACCGGCAUCGGUUUUAGCAAUAACAAAAAAAUGCCGCAGUCGGACGCGGUCGUCGGCUGGGUGGACGCGCGCAGCGGGCGCGCCGCCGUGCUGGACGCGUGGCUGGCGGGGUACGCCGCGCCGCGCGCCGACGAGCGCCAGCACGCCGCGCGCGCGGCUGGCGAGCUGCGCGACGGCCGCGCCACCUACAGCUUCGUGCGCGCGCGGGACACCGGCGACCCCAAGGAUCUAGCCUUCACGAACGAGCAAUGCCUGUACAUGAUGUUCGUGACCCACGGGGGCGGGUUCGAUCCCGUCAGCAAGAGAACCAGCAAGCACAUGAAGACUCCCUACGUAACUGAGGAGCGGGUGUGCAUCAAGCCCUGUGGUCCCGAGCCAGACGAAGAAGAACAAACAACAGAAACAGUAUUACCUGGCACCAAGACUUACACCCUCCUCCUUAAGAUCACUGGACUUGCCGAUAACUUCCGGCCUCCUGCAGUUGGAAGUCCCGACUUUGAAGAUUUGGCGCAGAAAGUUUCCACUAACCUGGCCCAGGAGCUGAGCAGAACUAAGGGCUAUCAGGGGUUGACUGUGAACGGAUUUAUGCAAAACGAAACUAAAGCAAUAAUCGCGGAACUGACUCUGAAGUCGAUCGACACGAACUCCAUCGAGACGGGUCGGUCGCUGGACGACGUCCCGCUCGCACUCAACGAGACCGAGCGAGAGGAAGACAAGGACAAAUGGGAGCGCGCCAUCAGAGACACGCUGGCGGUCGGCCUCGUCGGCAACUUGAAAGUGGAUCCCGAAUUUUUGGUCCUAGAAUCGGUGAACAGCCGCGCCCCCCCGCCCGCGCGCCCCCCCGCGCCGGCGCGCUGGCCCGCGGGCCGCGUGUGGCUCGUGGCGGCCAGCGUGGCCGCGCUCGUGGCGCUCGCGCUGCUGCAGGCCGCCUGCACUCUGGCGCGCGCGACACCCCACGAUCAAUUAAUUCCCAACACGGCGUGGAAGGACUACACGUCGGCGAACACCAACUACGCAUUCGAGCCCUUCGAGAACGACGACAAGUACAACAGUACUUCUACCAGGUCCCCCACCAGACCCACGAGCCCCCCACCUCCGAGACCCGGCAGCACGCACAAAAUGACACCGAAAGCACAAAAAAUGCCUCCCAACGGUCACAGCAUGAGCAACAACCGACACGACUUGAGCAACAACCGACACGAGAUGUCCACCAGCCGACACGACUUGAGCAAUAGCCGACACGACCUGACCGGAAGUCGACACGACAUAGCUAACGGCCGGCACGACGGGGCCAGCAACGGCCACAAGGUGGCUACCAACGGGCACAAGAUGGCCCCGAACGGUCACCACGUGCCAGCCAACGGCUACUCGACGGGGGGGAGGAGCCGCACCCCGACGGGCUCGUCGAAGCAGUUCUCCCCCAGCGCGCAGUACUACCACGACACUCGCUCGCUGCAGCGCCCGCGCAGCCAGUACGGGCCGGGCGCGGGGCCGCUGUCGCUGCCGCGGCGCGACGCGACGCCCGACUUCUACUUCAUGCCGUCGCAGCGCAAACACGAAGUAAGUAACUGCUAUAAAAAGAUUUCUGAACGAGUGUUCGAUGACACCUGACUUAAGUUACCAACACACAGGCAUACAUGUAACAUGGGGUGUUGCUAAGUCAAUAAAAUAAAAACUACCCGUUGACAAUUAUUUAUUGACUGUUUGUAAAUAAUAAUAUCAUGCAACAAAAUUGCCAUUCCGGAUAUCAACAAAGACACGACACUCCAUGUUGUAUGAUUAUUACAACUUAUUAAUGUAAGCUCAAUAUAUUAUAUUAUAUGCACCCCAUAAACCUUCACUUUAUCAUUAAUUCCAAACCAUUUCUAGUCUCACGUCACAGUUUUAAAUUAAGUUAUUUGUCACCUUUCUUAUAUUCUCGGUGUUGCUAUAACUGAAUAGAUGAUAUUAUAAAUAUGGCAACACUGAUAAAUGUAAAUAUUUUUUUUUUUCGCUGUAAAUUCGCAUCUUCGAUAUACAUAACUAUAUUUUGUUUUUUUAAUAUAAUUAAGUCUUCCAAUAAGACAACAUUUUUGUUACUAUAGGAAAUUUAUUAUUCUUUUAUUUUUUUUAUUUAAAAUUAUUAAUUUUUAUAAUAUCUUGAUGAUAUAUGUAAUGUGAAAUUAUUAAAAAUAUAUUAUGAUUUAAAUAAAUAUUAACUGUAACGUUAAAUAUUUAGUUAUUAUUAAGAAAUAUUUUUAACAAUUGUGCUAAUUUUUCUUGUACAAUUUAUGAACUAAUUUGCCGUCCUUUUUAAUGCAAUGCAAUAGAAAGUGUAAGGUUUAUAUUCUUAUAAAUUACCUAAGUUAACAUAUUGUAUAUAAUAAUUAGCGACAUUUUCUUUUAAAUAAUUUAUUGUGUGUAAGCCUUGUACCUCAAUUAAAUAUUUCAAAUACUUUUUAAUAUAAUAACAUAUUUUAAUUAGGAAUAUAUACAAAGGUGCGUAUUAUAAUUACUACUUACUGUUGUAUGUAACAGUUGUAAGUCAGAAGUGCUGAUUAAGCGUGCUAUGAUUUUAGUAAAUUUUUUUUAAUAAUUUACUUAUAUGUAAAUUGAGACAAAGUAAUGUAUGGAAAUUUAAUUAACACGAGUAUUAAUUAAUAAUAGAAUAAGUAAUUACCAAAUCUAAGAUUAUAAAUAAAUAUAUGUAAUUGA